CGCUCGCGGGCCGGCGCGGAGGGGGCAGCGAGCUGCAGAGCCGCGGCUUCCCCACCCGGCCGGCCGGCGGCAGCAGCAUGGGGCCGGGGAGAUGAGAGCCGGGGGGCGCCGGGGGGCAGCGCCGCCGCAGCGCACUGCGAGCCCCAUGAAGGGAACUGCGGGGCGAUGGGGCAGGUCCUGGGGUUCGCCCACUGCAAAGAAUCUCCUUCUACUGUCUCCACCACACCUGACUCCACAGAUGGCGGCAACGACGAGUCGGAUUUCCCGGAGCUGCAGACGGCGCGGGAGUUCUCCGAGGACGAGGAUGAGGAGACGUCCCUGGACUGGGGGACCCCGAGGGAGCUGACCUUCUCCUACAUCACCUUCGCAGGUGGCCCCGACGCCAUCCCCCCCAGCGAGCCUAGCCCCCGGGGGCGGCGGGACUCCCUGGCCCGCCGGAUGAGGGGCCCCCUGCCCCGCCCCGAGACCUCCGAGACCUUGGUGCCCACACUGGGCGACAGCCUGGAGAACAUCCCCAGCCUGUGCCAGUCACCCGAGGGCGAGCAGGGGCUGCUGGCCGGGCAGUGCCAGGGGCUGGAACCCUUCUCGGCCUGGGAUGCCCCGCUGAGCUACGCGGAUGAGCCCAGCUCCCUGGGGUGGGAAGAGCCACAAGUUGUGCCAGGUGGGAGUGAGCCCUGCCCCCGUCCUUUUGGGGCAGCAGAGCACCCGGGAGCCCUCACCGCACACUCAGAGGCUGCUCCAGAGACGGCGCCAGGGGACCGCCCGGGACCCAACGCCCUAAUGCCAUGUCCUGCAGGGGGCACCUCUGGGCUCGCUUACGCCGAGGGCAGCCAGCACCCACCACAGACCUGGGCGGAGGAGCUGGAGCCACAGGAGGAGGGGGAGCCGGGAGAUAUGGAGCCAAUCACAGAACAGCAGCUGGAUGGGCUGGACCAGUCCGGGAGCACCCUGGGAGUAUACAUGAUAGCCCUGCAGCCCCUAGCCCCCACCCGGAGACGGUGUGCCGAGGCGACGGGACCCUUGCACCGCGCUGCAGGGAAAGGACUCACAAUGGGUAGUGCAGUGGCGGACCUGGUGUACUGGCGGGACACCCGCACCUCGGCGCUCGUCUUCACCGGCAUCAUGGUGACUCUGCUGAGCCUGCUCCACUUCAGCAUCGUCAGCGUGGGCUCCUACGGCGCCCUGGCCGUGCUGGGCAUCACCAUCACGCUGCGGCUGGGCCGCAAGGGGCUGCAGGCCCUGCACCGCUCCGACGGCGCCAACCCCUUCCAGGCUCAGCUGGACGCUGACCUGCCGCUGUCCCAGGAGCAGCUGGAGCGCCUCACCGUGCGGCUCAGCCGGGACAUCCUGGCGGCCGCACACACCCUGCGACGCCUCUUCCUGGUGGAGGAUUUGGUGGACUCGAUCAAGUUCGCCUUCCUGUUCUACGUCCUCACCUACGUGGGAGCCGUGUUCAACGGGCUGACGCUGCUCAUCCUGGGUGUGAUAAGUGCAUUUACUUUCCCCCUGCUCUACCGACAGCACCAGGCACAGAUCGACCAGUACGUUGGGCUGGUGAGGAACCACCUGAGUAACCUCAGAGCCAAGAUUCAGGCCAAGCUCCCAAGUGCCAAAGCGAAGCCAGAAUGAGCAACUGCCCGACUCACAGCAAUGACGCCCCUGCCCCCCACCCCCACCCCGCUGCUCCCCCCGGACCCUUCCCUCGCUGGUGACACCUCCUGCCUCAGGGAAAGGGGCCGAGGCCCCUCUCCUGGUCGGGAACCCACCUACACUUCAGCCCCUGCACUGCCCCCCUGGCCCUGUGUGUUGUGGGGCUGGGGCAGGAGGCAGCUCCCUGGACAUUCAGGGCUCCGGAGGUGGUGGGGGUGACUGAGAGGGGCCCCUGCGAUUCGGCUACCAUCCUGGGCUGUAGCACAGGGUGCAGCCUGCCCUAACAAGAGGCCCCUGCAUGCCACCCUCUGCCUUGGGCCGAGUGGCACGGCUUGCUGGGCCCUGCCUGCUUCCUGCCUCCAAGCCGUAGCCCCAGCAUGAGCCCGGCAGGGCCUGGCCCUGCGGGGUGGGGGUGGGGAAGGGGCAGGCCCCUGGCUCCUCAAGGCUGGAGGGGUCUGGUUUCCCGGGCUCGGACCUAAGUGAAUUCAGGGUCUGUGAUUGGUUGGGAGCCCAGGGGCUGGCAGCCUGUUGUGUCUGAGCCCCCCCAGCUCCUCCCCACACUGUUUUUAGUCUGGUGGCCCCUUCUUGGACUUGGCCUGGGGCCACCCCUGGCACCGUGGGGCAGGCGCAGCCCUGGCGCCCGCAAAGCUCCACUCAGAUUUACACUUUAAUAAAAACGCUGGUGGAAAAAUCCGCCGGGCUGGGUCCUUCACUGCGGCCACAACUGGGCGCGGGGAGGGGGGAAUGGCUCCCAGCCACCAGCAGGGGGAGCUCCCGAGGCUGGGAGAGUAGGUGGAGGGGGUCACAGCAGGGGCC